GUUAGUUUAGUAAGACCACUUUAUCACAGGCAGCUGUGCAGAGAACUUUCUCGUUAAUAUGCCGCGGAUUUUAAUUUGUAAUUGACCACAAAUUAUGAUUUUAUCGAAAAUAAACUACAUUUUAUCGUAUUCCUUAUUCAAGAAAUGAUUGAGUAUUUUACUGAUGUCAGUGAAAGUAUGUGUUUUAUUUGUUAAGUGAAAUGAAGGUAUAACCUCAACAUUACCUUUUUAACUCAAGUUUUUAAAAUAAAACAGAAAAUGCCGAUUAUAAUUCAUUUAGAAUCAAUUGGGAAACAUUUUAGAAACCUUACACAUUUUAUCCCUGGUGGAUUUUCCCUAACUACAAAACAAAAGGUUGUAAUUUUAUCGGUCGCCUCCAGCGUAGCUCUGCUGGGAGUCCUUGCCAAGUAUAUGCGACGAAAAAGACAAAUUGUGGAUCCCAUGAAGCUCAAGAAGCAGUACAGUCGAAGAGUCAGAAAUUCUGGACUCAAAAGCCCUAAUGGAGAUGUCGUAAGUUUAGCAAGCAGUACUCGUAGAAGUGGUGCAUAUUAUGAUAGGAUCUCUGCUACAAGGCAAAAUUCAGUACUUGGCGUUACCAGUGAAAAAGGAUCAGUUGCAUCAGGGAGUGGCAUGAAAGCAAUCGCAUCUACCUGCGUAAUUAAUGAAGCUGGUGAUGGAACUCGUUUAACUCCACAGCAAUUGGGUGUUAUGGGUAUGGAAGCGCUAGAGACAUCGAUCAAUUAUUGGGAAGAUGCUUUGGCCGCGUAUCGUUCUCAAGAAACGAGUGGUGAUGGUGCUUUGGCCGUUCUAGGCCCUGAAGAGACUGCUUUUUGUAAAGAUCUCCAACAACUUUUAGAGAGCGCUCUCGAACUGCAAGAGAAAUCGGAAUUGCUGUUUUUAGACGAAAGGUCCGUUUUGUUCAAAGCCGGAAGCGGUACGCAUCCAUCGGAUCCCGGAGUCGAAACCGAAGCUUCUGGAGGGGAGAGCUUUGCUUCAGCACAAGACCAGGUGGCUGAUUUACGAGAGUUUGAAGAGUUUUCGGACUUUUUCGCCGAUUUGGAGCAAUUGCCCCUUUACCAAUCAGCCCUUCGUCAGUUGGAGGAAGGUGGUAUUCCAUGCAGAACACUUAGAACCGAGCUGGUACGCUGCGGUUCUGAUGGCGAGUACCUGGCAAAAUUGCACUGCCUUCGAUUGGCGUUUCAACUCAUGUUUAAGAAUCCGUCCACCUAUUUGUGGUUUGCCGAUACCGGUCGUCAAAUAUUAGCCGAGCUUCUUAUGUUUGCAGAUAAAGAUCCAAAAGAAUUUAUCAUAGGUUACGAAAAAAUGUUGAUAUUCCUCAGCGAACAUGGAAAUUGGAGGAUCCUAGAAGAGGAACUUAGCGCCAAGGGCGUAAAAGCUUUAACGUUUUACGACGUCGUUUUGGAUUACAUCCUCAUGGACGCCUUCGAGGACCUGGAGGCGCCUCCGUCGUCCGUCACGGCGGUAGUACAAAACCGAUGGCUAUCGAACGGUUUCAAAGAGACCGCUCUCACUACCGCCGUAUGGUCCGUUCUGAAAGCCAAACGGCGAAUGUUAAAAUUCCCUAAUGGUUUCAUGGCUCAUUUUUAUACAUUGUCGGAACAAUUGUCGCCCUUGUUCGCAUGGGGUUUCCUAGGUCCAGACGAAAACCUGAAAGACAUCUGUAUGUACUUCAAGGAACAAGUUUUAGGCUUUCUGUCGGAUAUUUUCAAUUUUCAAAAGUGUAAAUUCACAACAGAAGAAGAACUGGCUUCGGACGUCUUAAUACAUGUUAAAAAAAGGGCAGAAAAUGUUUGUCGGAGAUUUUAUGUGCAAGCUUAGGAAACAUUAUUAAGUGAAGAAAAACGAAAGUAUUGACAGGUAAAAAAAAACAGUUCAUUUUCUUACAAUUAAAGAAAAAUUACGAGUUACGAAUAUUAGUUUUUGCGAAUUUUCUUUUGCCAAACGAUUGCUUAUUAUGUGCUCAUUUAGAAUCAAUAAUUAAAAGGUGAUAAAUAUUAGUUUUUACUCAUUUCUUCUUCUCAAUAUUACGCAUAUGUUGAACUUUAAGUUAAGUUGCCUUGGUUUGAAGUUUACAAAUUUUUCCAACCAUUUUUCAUUUUAAAGUCACUUGUAUUAUUAUGAGUGAGACUCAGGUAUAUUCAGUAACGCUCGUUGGGUUGCCUAAGCACUAUACCUUUGCUUUUUAUUAUAAAUCAUUAAUUACUUUAUUGAGCUUUAUUAAACAAUUCGAGAACAAUUUUCUGAUGCCAAUCGACCUUAUUAAAAUUUUUUGCGAAAUUUGAUAACGCAAAUUACAGUUUUAUUUAAAUUAAAUUUAAAUUUUUGAUUUAAAUUAAGCAAUUGCUCGACAACAGAAAAAAUGUGAAAACUAAUAUUCAUAACUAUCACUUCCUGCGGUCGCAAUAUACGUGUGUACUGCAGUUAUUGUUUUUUUACGGCUAUUACAGUCAAGUUCCAGAUGCUACUAUUGUUAAAAUUGGGUAUUGAUUUAAAUGCGCAUAUUUAUCGUAGGUAUAAUAUAAAGUGAUAGUAUUUUACGAAUGACGUAACAGCGUGAAGCAACUUUAAUUAUUAUAUUAACAAAUACAUAUUUAUUUAUCGUGUUCUUCUCAAUUAGAGCAUUCCAGUUAUUUUCAAUGCGUAUUAAUUUCAUACGCAUGCACCACCUCAACUUUUUAAAUCGUUAAAAAAAAGUUCAGAAAAAUCAUUACGUUUAUUAGAUGUUCUUUUAAAUACAUAAAGUAUAUAAGUUAUGCGUAUACGUAGCAGUCAAUCAACGUAUUUUUGUUGUUUUUGUAGACUUUUUAGGCGACUAUUUAAGAUGUAUAAAUGUUAUACAGUACGA